GGUAACACACAAAACCUUCCAAACUAAACAUGGGAAAGAAGGUUAAAAUUGGAAAACAGCGUCGUGAUAAGUAUUACAAGCUUGCCAAGGAAGCUGGAUACCGAUCACGUGCCGCGUUCAAAUUGGUCCAACUCAACAAAAGAUUCGAAUUUUUGGAAAAAUCCCGUGCGACGGUCGAUCUUUGUGCAGCGCCGGGAGGAUGGAUGCAAGUAGCGUCUCAAUUCAUGCCAGUCUCCAGUUUAAUCGUUGGAGUCGAUUUGGCACCGAUCAAGCCAAUCAAGAACUGUAUCGCUCUGCAGGGUGAUAUUACGACGAAUGAGACUCGUGCGGCCAUUAAAAAGGAGUUGAAGACAUGGAGUGCAGACUGUGUACUUCACGACGGAGCUCCAAAUGUCGGUCUAAAUUGGGUUCAUGAUGCAUUUCAACAGAAUUGUCUCACACUUUCGGCUCUUAAACUCGCCACACAAAUCCUACGUAAAGGCGGUACUUUUGUGACAAAAGUGUUCCGUUCAAACGAUUAUUCGUGUUUGAUUCGCGUUUUUGAGAAGCUUUUCAAGCGCGUUCACGUCUGGAAACCGGCAGCUUCACGUCUCGAGUCUGCCGAGAUUUUCGUCGUUUGUGAGGUCUAUCAGAAGCCCGAUAAAGUUGGAGCCGAGUAUUUGGAUCCGAAAAAAGUUUUUGCAAAUCCUGACGGCUCCGAAGGAACCAAACCGAAUCCACAGAAUUUACUGAUUGGAAAACAAAAAAAAGCAAAAGCCGAGGGUUAUGAUACGGAUUCACUUGCAAUUCAUUCGACAAUUAAUGCAACGGAUUUUAUUAAAUCUAGUGGAUAUUUGGAUAUUCUUGGAACUGCCAAUGUUAUCACUCUUGAUGAUGAAAAAUGGAAAAAUCAUGAGAAAACUACGGAAGAAGUGAUUGAAUACAUGAAUGAUGUCAAAGUUCUUGGCCCCAGAGAGCUGAGAGUCCUCCUACGCUGGCGUAAAUCAAUGUUGGAAACACUCGAAGAACAACGAAAAGCCGUCGAAGGUGAAGCAAAAGAAGUAGAAAUUGAGGAAAAUCUGACAGAAGAACAACUAGAAGAUCGUGCAAUGGCAGAAAUCGAUGAGCUCAUCGCAAAAGCUUCAGAAGACGAGAAAGCAGCGUUGAAAAAGAAGAAAAAGAAGAUGUUAAAGGCAAAAGCUCGUGUGCUCAAACGUCGAGAGCUCAAAAUGAUUAUUGAUGGAGAUGAGGGACCACAGGCUGAAGAUCAAGAAGUUUUCCAGUUGAAAAAGAUUCGAAAAGCUAAAGAAUUGGCUGAAAUCACCAAAGAUACACAGGCACCCGAUUUUGAUAUGAUGGAGGAUGGAGAUUCGGACGAAGAAGAGGGUCUCGGUGAAGGAGAAUGGGAAACUCAUGGAGAAGAAGGCGAAAAUUCAGAUGAAGAUGAAAAUGAAUUAAUUCAUACAGAAAAGUCUGGAAUGAGUAAAAUGGAGAAACGGAAUGCACGAACUGAAUCAUGGUUUGAAAAAGAAGAAAUUUCUGGAUUAGUAUCAGAUGAGGAUGAUGAUGAUGAAAUGAAUGCAAUUGAGAAGCACAUCGGAAAAAAUCGAUCGAAAAAGACGGAAAACUAUGAGAAUACUGUGUCAUUUGAUGAUUCUAAGGGCAAAAAGAAGGGAAAGAAGGGUGGAAAAGGCGGAGAGGAUGAUGGUUUUAAUACCAAUGAUGCCGAUGAACAAGCUUCCGAAUCAGAGUCCUCCGACGCUGAAAUGGAUGAAGUGGCAAAGGAGAAGCUGAGCCGAUUCGAUGCACAAAUUGAUUUGGAUGAUGAUGAUGAAGAAGAAAGAUAUGAAGAUGAAGGAAGACGUGCUGCAAAACGAAAAUGUGAUAAGAAAAUAAUCGGAGAAGAUUUGAAACCAGUGGCAAAGAAGCGUAAAUUGACACCCGAACAGUUGGCAAUCGGUGAACAAAUGAUCUACUCAGCGAAGGCGGCAAGGAAUUUAGAGGAUGAAGCAUGGAAUCGAUAUGCAAAUAAUGAUGAAGAUCUUCCUGAUUGGUUUGCUGAUGAUGAGAAGAAACAUUAUUUCAAGCAGACGCCUGUUACAAAGGAACAAGUUGCUCUGUAUAGGGAACGAAUGAGAGAAUUUAAUGCAAGACCAUCGAAGAAGGUUGCCGAGGCGAAGGCUAGAAAACAGAAAAAGAUGCAACGUAAGCUGGAAUCGGCAAAGAAAAAAGCUGAAGGAAUUCUUGAAAAUGAUCAAAUGGAGCACUCGGAAAAGGUUCGAGAAAUGAAGAAAGUGUAUGCAAAUGCGACGAGAAAGGAGAAAAAGAAGGUUGAAUUAGUUCGAAUGACGAAAGGAAAGAAGGGAAAAACUGGACGACCAAAUGGACAAUAUAAGCUUGUCGAUAGCCGUAUGAAGAAGGACCUCCGUGCAGCAAAAGCCAAAGAAAAGACAAAAGGACGCGGUGGAAAACGUGGAAUUCCAAAGAAAACUGGUGGCGGAGGUGGUGGCCGUGGCCGUGGAGGUGGUGGCCGAGGAGGCGGAAGACGCUGAAAAUUUCAAAUUUUUUCGCUUUUUUACCCCCCGAUUACCCCAUUGUUCGUUUUAUUUUUUAUUUUUUACAUCGUUAUCAAUUUUUUUUGUGUUUUUUUUUGUUGUUAUACAGUUUUUAACCGCUUUUUCUGUUUUUUUGACCCCAAAAAAUCUGAAAUUGUUAAUUUUUUUUAAUUGUUAUUUUACUCUUAAAAACCCCCAAAAUGAAGCCAAUUUGCGU